AUGCCUGUCUCACAUCUGACACUCACCGUCUCACAUCUUCCGACGUCCACCUCCUUUUUCCUCUCUUGUCUGCAGCCACUUGGAUACCGGUUUAUCGGUCGCCACGAUAAUAACGUUGGCUUUGGUUCGGUACCUGGAGAACCUGCAGACUUUUGGAUCGCAGAAGAGAGACCAGGGGUCCCUGCUGGAGCUGCCCACGUUGCCUUCCCCGCACCAUCUCGAGAUGCCGUUGGCCAAUUUUUCAUUGCUGCGCUCAAAGCCGGUGGGAAGAUUCAUGGAGAGCCGACCCUACGUGACGCAGAGCAGAGCUAUUAUAGCGCUGCAGUGAUUGAUUUCGAUGGGAACAGCAUUGAGGCUGUCCACCGUCCCAGUAUUUCAGGGUCAGGGAAGCCGUCUGGCGAUAGGGCAUUGACGAUUAUCAAAAAUGGAUCUGAGGUCUCCAUGGCCUCGUCUGUGAAGACUGAGAGUGUUAUGCGCCAAAAGUCAGAGAUUGGAACCUAUUUUAGCAAAGCAAAGACCUCCGUUUCCAAACCCACAGCCGCAAGCGCAUCCCCCCAAACCAAAGGACCGGCCUCAAUCCAGCUUCAACCACAACCUACAGCUCUGCCAAAGGAUUCGACAAAUAGCGCUAAAACCGUCGUCGGGACUCUUCUAGGAGCUGCAGCUGGAGCAGCAAUCGCAUAUUCUAUUUUCAAGAAUGAGACCUUGGAACCAGCACCAUCACAACCCCAAGCAAUUGAAGCAGGACCUGCCCGAAGUAUGACCGUUGGCAGUCAUGAAAACGAAUACGCUGAAUAUGUUCGAACGAUGCUAUCUAAGAACCCACGAGCAAGUACUAUCAUGGAAGGCCUAGAUAAUUGCACGCGCAUCUGGGGCCAAGCCCAAAGUGUGCGAGGGGAUUCUCAGUUUGAAUUCGAAACAGGUCGCCGCGCAUCCAGCGCGAGUGUGUACGGCAGCAUGCAAGAAAUGGACGUUCCCGUCCGCGCCAUCGAAGCCCUUGCCAUCGGAGAAGGCUCCGAAUGCUCCUACGCAUACACUCACCACCAACCAAGCACGCUCAUCAGCAGCUUCAAAGAGCGUUCCCGUCACUGUAAUAACAACGGUAGCACCACAUACAGCUCCUCAACCUUGAAACCAUCCUCCAAAACCCACUCCCUCCAUUCCAAUCACUCCCAUCACUCCAACCACUCCCACCCCUCCCGCUCCGUCAUAACCGUUAAGGACAUCCACACAUCUUCCAAAUCCUCCACGCCAACCGCAUCUUUCUUCUCAUCCACCCACUCCGCCCGCAACAUCCCCCUACCCUCCGGCUCAAUCACCACCAUCUCCACCUCCAGUCGCCGCCACCACCACAAAGACCACCACAGCAGCCACAGCAGCAGCAGUUCCCCACCCAAAGACUCCUCCACAUCCCCGACCCGCAGCCACUCAAGCAGCAAACAUCCACACGCGCACACGUACGGCAGUUGCGCAAACUCACCCCGCAACAUGCCGCUCCCGGACUCCGUCGCGGGCGCCAGCACGAUAUUCCUUGACGUUGUCAAUGUAGAUGCCCAAGUGACUCUUGUGGCGGGGAGUCGGGCGUCGACUUCGCGGCGAUCAACGAGAUCGCGGUCCAGCGGGCGGUCGUCGAAGAGGUCGAGUAAGUUUGAUGAGCCGGUGCGGCCGAGUGAUAGUGUUAGUCAGGUGUCCACGAAUGUGUCGAAGAGGAGCAGCCGGAGGUGA